CUUAAUGCUGACCGCGCUGGGCUUCGUCUCGAUAUUAUCUUGUUUCAAGCCACUGUAUUACGUUUUUUAACCAAAACAUUCGCGUCUCCAGAAUCAGCGAACUCAAUUCAAGGACACCGGAGGGAAAUUGUGAGGAAUCUCACUGCCUCGGACGAGCGUUUCAUGUCAUCGUCAUGAUUGUUAUGGUUACGGUAACAUCUUACGACUUAUGGUCGAAUCUAGCUCAGCUUUAGACGCGAUGAAGGGUAUACAUAGACGAACGAUUUCGCGCUCUAUAGUCAGGUGAAGUGUGGUCUUUCGAGUUCCAGUCUGUAUCCGUUAACAGAUAUGUCAUGUCGAGGCUUGAACAUGAAACAUAAAAUGAAGGGGAACACAAAAUUAUUUGACAAUUGAUAUGUGCAAGACAAACAGAGAGUGAAAUGAUUAGAAUAUUAACAUUGCAAUUAUAAGGUGAUAAAUAUCGUUUUUUUGAUAGUGGUUCAGCAUUUUUAUCGGCGUCCACAUGUGAUUAAUGCUGGUGCUAGAAGAUUCCAAAGUUUUCCUUUGUUAGGUAGGCUACGUGCUCGGGAUGAAGAAGGCUGAGAGCCUUGCUGGCUAAAAAUAGCAACGGAAUGAGUGUACAAAAUGCGAUGUCCAUCGUUCAAUUUGCUUGUACUCGUUUUUGCGAUGCUUCUAUCCAUUGAUGUUGUCCUAGCAAGAAAAUAUAAACAGCAUCUCCACCAUCACAUGACCAGGAGAGAAAUAGAGCGUUACUUUGGCGUCAAGGAUCAUACAAAAAUUCCUGAAUACGAUAUCAUUACGCCACAUCAAACAGACGUUGUUGGGAGGACUAUGUCUCCCCUUCGCAUCAGAAGAGACGCGGGUCAUUCAGAUGUUUUACAUUACGAAGUCCACGCGUUUGGUUCCAAAUUACGGCUUAGAUUGAAGCGAAACACUAAUCUUAUGACAUCAAACUUAGUAAUUGAAAGACAUCACAGAGAGGGAAUGGUAACGACUCAAUCUGCACCAAAAAACGAAUAUUACUUGGGGCAAGUUUUGUCCGAUCCAGAUUCCUUGGUGGCCUUGAAAAGCGAUAGAAGCCUGAUGGGUAUGAUCAGGACAUCUCGAGAAACUUUGUUUGUACAGCCACUCUCGCUAAAAUGGGCCAGGAGAGUAAGGAGAAAUGCAAACUCUGUACCACACUUGAUUUACAGAAUUCCGAAAGAAGAAGCAGUUCCCUGUGAGGUGCAGUCAACAGGAAAGGAUCGUGUUGAAAGAUCUACACAUAGUAGGAAAACUCGUGCAGCAAGCAACUAUAAGUUCCUUGAAGCAGCGUUAAUUGUUCCUAAAACCUACGAAGAGAAGUAUGGAACAAAUCAAUUUGCCACAAUACUUCUCACUAUUGCCAACAUGGUCGCUGCUAUGUAUCAAGAUCCCAGUAUAGGAAAAAUCAAGGUCUAUUACGUGGUUACCAAGAUCAUUGUUAUGGAGUCAACAGUAACACUGGCUAAUUUUAGCAAAAUAGACAGCAAUAGCAAGAAGCUGACAAAGAUGUUGAAAUGGGCGGGACCUGCAACACUAAAAAGUAAUGGCGAUCCGGAUCACUAUGACGUGUUCAGUUACGUGUCAGAUUGGAUAAAAGUCGGAGGUCUCGCAAUUGCUAACAUGAUGUGUUCCAAGUCAGGCUGGAAUGGUAACGUCAACGCUGAUGUUGGUCUUCAAACUGCACUUCACGUCGCACACGAGAUAGGUCACAACCUUUUCCUUGAUCAUGAUAAAGAUGUAGGGUGUCCUCAGCAUCAAUACAUUAUGGAUGCUACUUUACCGAGUGGUAUCUAUGCAGCCACCUGGUCGAAUUGUUCUCGGAAGAAACUUGAAGAAGUCUUGGGAAGUGGUAAGUCCUGGUGUUUAGAUAACACACCUGUCGGCAGUUUUCCAACCCUCAAACCUGAGUAUCAUGGCAAACUUCCCGGGGAAAUCUUUGACGGGGACGCUCAGUGUAGAAUGCAGUACACCGAUGAUUACAUAUUGUCACCCUAUCAAAAGGGAGUAUGCGAUAGGUUAUACUGCUUUAAUCCUAAAGGUGGAGCUCAGCUGAGCCGAUUGACACCGAUAGCUGAUGGAGCACCAUGUGGAGAACGUGAGUGGUGCAUAAGCGGCAAAUGUGUAGACAAUGGUAAACCAAGAAUUCACGGAGGGUGGAGUCGGUGGUCUGGUUACGACCUUCCAUGUACACGGCCAUGUGACAGCGGAGUCACGUACAGAACCCGUACUUGUACAAACCCUGCACCAUCUAAUGGCGGGAAAUCCUGCGUGGGAAUAAGCAAGGAGUGGAAAAUUUGUAAUUCGAAGCCCUGUCAAGAAGGAGCGAAAACAUUCAGAGAAGAGCAGUGUUUGAGGAAGAGACCUGGCUCAAUUCCCUACAUUCAUCCGACCAGAUCCCCUUGUGCAUUAUUCUGUCGUAUCGGAAGCAGUGUGAGUAGCGCAGGUACAGCUGAAGACGGAACAAGUUGUAAAAAAGUCCUGAACACCUAUGAUGUGUGUAUCGGAGGGAUGUGCCGACCGGUUGGAUGUGAUCACGUUCUGGAUUCUACCACAAUGGUGGAUCGUUGUGGCAAAUGCGGCGGGGAUGGUGACGAAUGCUUCGUUACUUCUGGAAGUUACACGGCCUCUUUCACAGUAAAAGGUCUUGAAAAUGCAGAACUCGUUCAAAGACUCCCCAUUGGUGCUUACGAUGUUUCUUUCACAAUGAGGCGAUCAUCGAAAAAUUACCUCGCGGUUCAAGCAGACGAUGGAACAUAUUUAGUGGGCAACGUAAGUAGUUGGGUGCAAGAAGUUUCUGCUGCUAACACCGUUAUCCAGUACACCCGCAAGCAGUCAAAGUUUAAAGUAGAAUUCAAGAUUCCAGGUCCCACAGAUCAGGCUCUGAGAGUAGUGUAUGUUUAUGUCCAAGGUGGAAAUCCAGGAGUAGACUAUGAUUAUAAAACAGUCGUUCAACCUUCCGACACACCGCCUGAGAAUAAAUACGAAUGGAAGGAGACAUCUCCGUGGUCCCUCUGUUCCACAACGUGUGGCCAAGGGGUUCGUACACGUUCAGCGAGAUGUAUACGGUCAGAUGACAAAACACCCGCCAGCGAUGCGGCGUGUGGAGAGAAAAUUGUUAGUGAAUCAUGCCAGGUUAAGGACUGUCCCUCGGAUUGGCACACUACUGAUUGGUCACCAUGCUCCAAAUCGUGUGGCAAUGGGGUACAAACACGUGGAGUUAUCUGCCGUAAGAAGAUCAACCCUACAGAUUAUGGACCAAGCACAAGCUGUGCUGCUAAUAAGAAACCCAGUAUUUCUGAGAAAGUUCAAUAUUGUAACAGCAUCGAUUGCCCGGCUGACUGGGAUACUGAGGAGGGGUUACCAAAAGUAGAAUGCGGAGAGCCAAUUGAUCCAGGGACGCUCUCUUGUUACCGAUUGGAUUACUCUGGCCAAAAAGCCAUGGUGCCGGAUCUACUGUGUCGGUACAAAACCAAGCCGACACGUCUGCCAUGUACAACCACAUCGCGCCCCACAGAACAAGACACGAACCUAGGGAUCCCAGGGAUUCCAACAUACCCCGACGAAAAAGACGGUUCACAAUCAUAUCGAUAUCACUCUUCAAUAUUUAUCAGCGUAUUGGUUCCUGUGCUUCAGAUUUUACUGCAUUAUUGUAAUCUGGCAUAGGUGACAUUUCCUGACGCCUGUCCCUGGGGAACUUUGAUUGUAAAUUGUUAGAGGUUCCUUUUUGUUCAAUGCCAAAUGGCUCUCUUUCUUCGGGUGUGAUGAAGGACGCUUUGGUACUUAUGAUAAUGAUGUUGAGUAUGACAGUACGAUUUUCUCAAUGUUCAAUCAUUGCGAAUGUCCUUAAACAUCCUUUAAAGAAGUUAAAUGCAAGCUGCACCGUAGAUGUCUGUUAGCAUCCCAGCUAAAACGACUACGGAACGCAGCAAAAUGAUCCGUCAACAGGGUUUGCUAUGAUAAUAACGCUUUUAGGUCUUCUCAUGGAGACCUCAACGAGUGUUUAACUGAAUUUCAGUAUAAUAACUGUUAUUUUGUUAUUAAAGCUGAAAGGUGCUGUUUUACAGUUCUAAACGCCACACACAAACACCUCAGCAUGUAAGCGUUAAUCUGCCCAACUUCCUUCCAUGAAAGAUUUUGAGACAGAGAAUAAGUAACAAAGCUUAAUGCGAGUGAAAGAACUAACCAGGACGACUCAUAUCCUGAGUCAAAUCCCACUGAUUGGCAUUUAGGAAAAAAAAUAGUUUAUCAUUUUAGGGUGUGUAUAACUGAUAUUCUGAACGGAGUUUUUACUAUUCGAUAGUUAACUAGACAUUUUAGACCGUCGAGGGACGAUCAUUUCAAAAUGAAGUAUGCUGAAAUAAAAUUAACCUUGAGGUCAUUUUUAAAACCAUGUUUAUCGUAAAAUGCUGUUAUACAGUAUGACUAGACAAGUUGUUAUUUGAUUGUUACAGUAUGCUUUAACUGUAAAAAAAUUUGAUUGAAAAUUAUGUUGUGUAGGCAACGCUUUAAGGGAUAGUAUGACAGUUGAAAUAAAGACAGUCGUUGCCCAAAA